AUGACUACCUCUACCUCCACCCCCAGAAUCACAGUCCUAGGCUCCCUAAACAUAGACCUGGUAGCCUACGUCUCCCACCACCCGCUGCCAGGAGAAACCAUGACCGCCAACUCCGUCGCCGUCUCCCCCGGCGGAAAGGGAGCCAACCAAGCCGUCGCCUGCGCCAAGUUAUCCCGCUCCCACACUUCCUCUUCUUCUUCGUCCUCCGAAGAAACCGCUCACAUCACCAUGCUCGGCACAGUCGGCGCCGACUCUUAUGGGUCCCUGCUCAAGGAAAACCUUGCCAAACACGGCGUCGACGUCUCGGGCGUGCGCGUUCUGGAUUCUCCCGGGGCCAAGACGGGCAUGGCCAUGAUUGUGGUGGACGAGCCGACGGGCCAGAACCGCAUCAUCUUGAGUCCCGAGGCGAACCAUUUCCUCCAGCCCGAGCACGUUUCCGAGGUUGCACACCUCAGUAGCAGCAGUGGUGCUGGUGGUGCGCCCCAGGAAAAGCCAGAUUUGCUCAUCAUGCAGCUCGAGAUCCCCGUGCCUACGGUGCUGCAGGCGCUCAAGACGGCCAAGCAGAAUGGGGUGCAGGUCCUGCUGAACCCGGCGCCGGCGGUCCCCUUGCCGGAUGAGGCGUUUGACGGGCUGGCGCACUUGGUGGUAAAUGAGACGGAGGCGGCUAUUCUUAGCGGGUUGGAGGAGUCGGUGCUCGACACGGAGGAAGGGCUGGAGAAAGUGGGCAAGGUGUUUUUGGAAAAGGGGGUUGAGACGGUGAUUGUCACUUUGGGUGGGCGGGGAGUUUUCUUCAUGACUGGUGGUGAGGGGGGAAGAAAAAAGGGAUUGAUCAAGGCGGAGAAGGCCAAGGUGGUGGAUACCACAGCGGCGGGUGAUACGUUUGUCGGAAUGUAUGCGCUGGAGGUGGUGAUUGCUGCCAAAAAGGGGGAACAGUUUGAUAUCGAGGGCGCGGUAAGGAAGGCGAAUAAGGCGGCGGCGAAGACAGUGGAGAGGCCAGGGGCGCAGGAUUCGAUUCCUUGGAGGGAUGAGUUGUUGUAGAUGUGAGAUGCGCGCGGGGAGGGGGGAAGGAAAUGGGAUGGUUAUGGGGGGGUGCUGAUGGGGAGGCAUGAAGCAUUGGUAUGGAGUUAUGUGUAGACAAAGUGAGGAACCAAAUGAAUUGCAUAAACAUCAA